AUCACUUUCAGUAAAGUUAUUAGGAAAUAGGCAUAGCGAUAUUGUAGCAAUAAUACAAAUAGAAUUGGGAUUUGGGAGUCUGAUUAUCAGCUUUGCAGUGCAGCGAUGGCUUUGUCCCUACCAAUCCAGUGUUCUCCCACUCUCCGAUUAUCCCCAAAACCCAUUUUCUUCACGCUCCGACGCGCCAACCACCGUGCGUGCGUGGUUUGCGCUGCCACUCCCCUCCUCCAAGUCAACGACCUCAGGGCCAAGAUAGUCGAAUCCGACGUGGAAAUUCUCCGCGGCGUUAACCUCACGGUGAACCAAGGAGAGGUUCACGCCGUCAUGGGAAAAAACGGUUCCGGAAAAAGCACUUUUGCCAAGGUUCUUGUGGGGCACCCGGAUUAUGAAGUAACUGGAGGUAGCGUUGAGUUCAAAGGGGAGAAUCUGCUUGAGAUGGAGCCUGAAGAAAGGUCUCUUGCGGGUCUCUUCAUGAGUUUUCAAUCCCCUGUUGAGAUUCCUGGUGUUUCCAACGAUGAGUUUCUCGUCAUGGCCUACAAUGCUCGAAGGAAAAAACUUGGUCUUCCUGAGCUUGGACCACUCGAGUGCUUUUCUUACCUCAUGGAGAAGCUCCAGCUUGUUAACAUGAAGCCCGACUUUCUCAAUAGGAAUGUGAAUGAAGGGUUUAGUGGUGGUGAACGCAAGCGCAAUGAAAUCUUGCAGCUUGCAGUUUUGGGGGCAGACUUGGCUAUCCUGGAUGAAAUUGAUUCUGGUUUGGAUGUUGAUGCGCUCAGAGAUGUGGCCAAUGCAGUUAGUCGGAUUCUGACCCCGGACAAUUCUUUAUUGAUGAUAACUCAUUAUAGACGGAUUUUGGAUCUUUUGAAUCCUACACAUGUUCAUGUUAUGAACAAAGGAAAAAUUACAAAGACAGGCGACAUGUCGAUGGUUGAAACUAUUGAGGCAGAAGGAUAUGAAACAGUCUCCACUUUAUCAUAAUGCAGCUAGUACUGUAAAGCGCUGGAAGUUCAGAAGAUCUUUAAACUUCGAAUCUCAAUGCAUCAACAUUAGUCUGAAUAUCAUCAGUACAAAUAAUGAGCAGAAAAAUAUUUUCACCAGCAACGUUUGAGUUUGGGUGCACUGCACUACCAGAUAUGUAAACCAUGUUAUAGUGAAGCAGUUGCAAAAGUAUUCUGAUGGAUCCUUUCAUUUUGCCCCGACUGUUUAAAGCUCAUAUUGACAGAUGUUGAUGUUUCUUGACUUAGGACAUAUAUUGUUCUGGUCAUUAUUUCGUAGGCUUUGAUAGAGAAAUAUCGAAACUAUUGAAUUAUGCAUUUACCAACUUCUCAGUGGAUGUUUUAAAGUUUUUUAUAUUUUUAAUUGUAGGGGCAUUUUCAAUGUUAACCAACUUUUGGAUCACCCCUGUUGGGUUAACUACUGGAGUGGUAGUGCAGUUAGAAUUGUAAUAGCAUUGAGGUUUAGUAAAGUUUUGGUCUUUAAAAAAAUCAUAAUUAUGUUAUUUGAUUUUUUUCAAAUGUUUUUUUUUAUAUAUUUUUCUUUACU